UGCAGAAACAUUUCCCUUGAUGUCACGAUAUUGUGCAUCAGUCGAACAUCGGAUAUCCCUCCUAAAAGUCGCCUACUUGAAUUUCACACAUUUGCUGACUGCCCCAAUACUCCGGUACAAGCUAUGUGUUGUUCAGUAAGGUUCUUUGCACACUCUGGACCAUUUACCCACCCACACAAAGCUAUCUGGAAACAACACCAACUAAGCAAGCUUGCUGCUUCCUACAAAGAGAUAACUCCUACGCUCAGUUUAGAUUAUCAGGUUUCUCGACUAUCGCAAUCCCGCCGCUAUUCCUCAUUCUCAAGUACUCUUCAAAGAGACCAUGGUGCCACCUGUAAUUCUACGCAGCCGCAAUCACAUAUUGCGAUUAUCGGUGGUGGCAUAAGCGGUUUAACCACCGCGUAUUACCUCAGUAAAAACUCGCAGAAUGUAGAAAUUACCUUAUACGAAAGUAGUAAUCGUUUGGGAGGAUGGUUGCAUAGUGAAACCAGUACCGAGAAUGGUAAGAUUGUUUUUGAAUCUGGCCCUCGAACCCUACGAUUCGGUACACCAACAUCUCUGGCUACAGCAGAAAUAAUACAAAACCUGAAGCUUGAGGACGAAAUAAUCACAAAUGCACAUGAUUCAGCUGCCGCAAGAAAUCGGUUUGUGUAUUAUCCCGACCGUCUUGUACGAAUGCCCGGUCCUGGUGAGAACGUCUUAAAUCAAGUUUAUUCUCUUCUUACGGAACCGAUUUUCAGUGGAGCCUUUUCUGCAUGUCUUGAAUUUUACAGACCACCUAGACCGGCUAGUUUAAAAGACGAGUCAGUAGCAAGAUUUUUACACCGUAGACUGGGCUCCGAGAAUCUAGUUAACAAUAUUCAUUCGGCUAUUCUUCAUGGCAUAUACGCAGGGGAUAUUGAGCAGCUUAGUAUUCGAAGUUUAUUUCCUACUCUGUGGUAUAUGGAGGAACAAUUCGGGAGCAUGACGAAAGGUGCAUUAACAUGUUCCAAGAAAAAUAUAAGAAUAAUGUCUCCAAGUGAUUUUAACAUUCGCAGAGAAAUUCUUCCCAAGAUAAAUCCUGUAUUGUGGGAAAGAUUAAGUGGCGCAAGCGUAUAUUCUUUCAGAAACGGUCUUGACACUUUAUCUAGGGCCCUCGAAGACUAUCUUCGCGCAGCAUCUAAUGUAAAGAUUAGAUUAAGCGAGACUGCUAAAUGCAUUACAACUUGUGAUAAUGGUAUCAAUCUUGAAACUUCAAGAAAUAAAUGUCCAGAAACAUAUACACAAAUUAUUUCAACACUCCUACCACAUCAAACGUCCUCACUAACUCCAAAUCUUCCCAGUCUCUCCCUCGUUCCAACCGUCACUGUCAUGGUAGUCAACUUAUAUUAUAGUUCUCCUACGCUUUUGUCAAGUCACGGCUUUGGCUACCUGAUCCCGCGAUCCGUUCCUUUUGAACAAAAUCCAGAACGUGCACUCGGUAUUGUUUUCGAUAGCGAUGCCAUCCAGGGUCAGGAUGAAGUCCCUGGCACAAAGCUCACCGUCAUGAUAGGUGGACACUGGUGGGAUGGACUCCAUAAUUAUCCGGAUGAAAAUGAGGGAAUUAAUAUGGCCAAAGCUGUACUAAGGCGUCAUCUCGGGAUCAUUGUUGAGCCUGAAGUUGUGAGGGUUAACAUACAAAAAGAAUGCAUACCUCAAUAUACUGUUGGUCACACGGAACGCCUUGCCAACGUUAUAAAUGAGAUGGCCACUUUCAAUGGAAGACUUAGUGUUACUGGAUGUGGCUAUAGCGGCGUUGGGGUUAAUGAUUGUAUUGCUGCAGCACGAAACCUAGCAACAAAUAUCUGUUCAAGUAAAGGCGAGAUUACGGGAUUAGAAUGGGUCUAUGAACGCCUUCAGCAGGUUACUGUCAAUUAG